AAUGUUUCAACUACAUAUUGAGAACUCGUAUUUCAUAGUUUCUCAUUUUGAAGAGAAACGUUAUAGUGAGACAUUUAGUUUUACUGACAAAUAAAUUGUAGCGCGACGAAAGCUUUGGCUGUAUUCCAAUCAUCCAUUUUGUACCCUAUUUAUAGAAAUUGUAUUAGUUAUUAUCGACAUAAAAUUUAGAGUUAGUGUUGACAACUGCUCCCUCACGAGGAGACUGACACAAAAAUGUCGUUCAGACAUCUGUUUAUUUGAAUUUGAAAGAAUGCCCACCAGCAUUAUUUAGACACGUGACUUUAUAGUUAGCGUUGCGUUGUUAGGUUCUUUUGAGUUAGCUUUGCAAGUGUGUAAACUUUUGAUUAGUCUUCGGUCUUAGUCAAGUUGAGUUGAUUCAUCUAGCUGCAGUGAAUGUUUUUCUAUUUUGCACUGUGUGAUGCGUGGGCCACUUCUCUGGGUGCUAUGGGACGUGAAAGACACCCUGCUGAGGGUACGCAGGUCGGUGGGUGAGCAGUACUGUCAAGAGGCCAGGCGAACAGCAGGUUUCAGUCUCAACCCAACAGUUGCGGAGGGUGCAUUCCGCCAGUCCUUCGACCAGUACUCCAAACUCUACCCCAACUAUGGUAUUGACCAGGGCUUGGGGGGGAAACCCUGGUGGAUGGGUGUGGUGCGAGACACCUUCUCCCUUUGCGGAGUAGAGGACCCAGCGCUACUGGACAGACUAGCACACAACCUGUAUCACGGCUUCUGCAGCCCUGAUAACUGGGAGGUGUAUCCAGAUUCAGUACGGACGUUAGAGAGCAUUUCCUCCCUGGGUCUGAGGCAGGGUGUGGUAUCCAAUUUCGACAAACGCCUAGAGGGAAUUCUACAAGGCUGUGGCCUGCUGUCUCACUUCAGCUUCCUGCUUACCUCAGAGGAGGCCGGAAUAGCCAAGCCCGACCCGGCAAUCUUCCAACAGGCACUUGAGAAAUGUGGUUUCCCAGCCGCCAGCGUAGCUCACAUUGGGGACCACUAUGUUAAUGACUACCUGACCUCUCGGUCACUGGGCCUUCAUGGGUAUUUGCUAGACAGGCAAGGCAGGAAUAAAUUCCCUGAUGUUCCACCACUGCAUCGGUUAAAGACGUUGGAUGAGCUACCUGCUCGUCUUAAGCAGGAAAUGGACCAAAUGUGAUAAUAUUAAGUAUUAAUUAAAUAUUAGGCUCUAGACAAUCCUGUUAGUCAAUGUGUACGUAAGUAUCUUAAAAUGAUGUGAUCAUGAGGAUGAGGUUUAAAAGACCAAAUUAUGUAAAUAAAUACAAAAAAUACAAAAUGUUGGGAGUUUUUUAACCAAAUGACACUUUACUACAAUGUAAACUAGUGAGUGUACAGCUUGUAUAAUAGUGUCCCCUCAAAAUAACACAACACACAACCAUUAAUGUCUAAACCGCUGGCAACCAAAGUGGUGAGUACACCCUGAAGUGAAAAUGUGAUCUUAGCGACGCCUCUGGGCACCAACAAUCAUACCAAGGUCAAUCACAUAGAUUACACAUUCUCUAUUCUACUAUUUGCUCAAACAACAACUAAACCUCUUGACCACGUCUGCAUGCUUUACACAUUGAGUUGCAGCCACAUUUUUGUGGGAUUUCUUAAUUGGGUUGCCUUUAUCAAUGAAUGUUUGGAAUAUUGCUCAGAUAUUGUCCACAAAUGAGUCCAAAUAUAUAUUUAAAAAAAAUUACUUUCCAGGAGGUGUACUUACUUUUUUUAUGACUGCAUCAACUCCUUUGGUGAAAUACAUUGAUGUUAAUCUCUGAUCACUUGCCUGUUCCAUCGUACAGUGUUUUUACAUUAUUUGUAUUGUAUGUAAUUGACUUUCAGUUGUAAUUCAUUUGGACAGGAUGUCAUUGUAAAUGAGGAUAAAUGCAUACAUUUUGCAGUACAGUAAGGUGUAAACGCAAUUGCACUUGUGCUAGGCAUUCAGUGAAUCCCUUGAUCAGAACAGAGUAGUAGUAUUGGUGAAAGUGUGUUAUCACAGCUGUGGUGAGGUCUCGUCUUAAUUGACAUGGAGCUGUCAUGGGCUACACUCUACUUUGCCAGGUAGGGCGAAGGCGGCUUGGAUUAUGUAGAUCCAGGGACCCUCCCAUUAUUGUUCAUAUCCACAAAACAUCAGUGAUUUAUUUGUUGUGAAUUCUGUUACAUACACAGUACCACUCAAAGGUUUGGACAGACAUGAAUGGGUAAGUGUAUCCAAACUUUUGACAGAAAUGUGUGUAUAUAUAUGUGUGUGUGUGUGUGUAUAUAUACACACACAUAUAGAGAAAUAUAUAUAGAGAUAGAGAGACUGUUAUAUAGAUAUAUAGUUGUUGAAAAUAUGACAACACUAGACAUUCAGGCUUAAAAAUCAGUUUUCAAAGGAAAGGACAAGAUCAAAGAUGUGUUUUUAAAUAUUUAUGCAUUUAUUUAUCUACAACUAAAAUAAAAAAUAAAGCUCAUCCAUUUGUCAUCACCAAUGAGAGGCAAACCAGUUGUUUCUUUUGGAUGAGAAAAAUGUAUGUCAAGUCUAUUUCUCAACUACACUGGGUGACAUGGUGCUGAGAGAUGCAAUGUCCAUUAAAAGAUGGUCUGCCUUU